AUGAUGUCGUUGAGGUCGAAGGCCCUAGCGCUGGUGGAGGUGUUAUUAAGAGUUCCACCGUUAUUUGUGGUGGAUGAGUUCUUAAAGAUCAGCCUGGGGUUGCCAGUAUCAACUGGCGAGGAGGUAUCCGUGCUGUCGAGUGUGACGGUCGACCACGUCGAUAUAAGUGACUCCGAUACAAAUUACUACGACGCUAACUUCUACAACGCAUUCUUCUUAACACUCCUCAAAUUCGUCGUUUGCUGCCUAGGAUGCACGUCGGCGCUCUGCAUCUUCGUGCUGUACACGAAGCACCUGAUCAUCGUGUAUCUGUAUCUCAUGUCAUUAGGCAUCGUCUUCGUCUCCUAUUGGACGAACGUGUCCGCCAUCAAACAGAUCCAGUCGCUAACACUAGCCGUUACGACACACCCCUCGACGAGCAUAUUAGAAGAUAUUUUAAAUUUAAACGUGAAAAAUUUACUUGAUCUCGAAGGACCAGGGAUCCUGGUCAUACAAAAUUUUGCUAUACAGUUCAUAUUGGCGGUCCUCUUCAGAAAUGUUCACCUUGGUCCGCGACACCCGACCAUACAAAAGCUUCUGCCUUUAAGCUUCAUGGCUCCCUCUUUUUUAGCCAUGCUACCAGUUCCACCGAAUCUCUUACACCACUCUCCCGUCUUUUCCGCCCUUUUGCCUUUAUGUCUCGUGAAGUAUGUGUUGUGGUCUUCGGGUUAUGACGUGGUGCAAGUCAUAUAUGCUGGCUAUCAGCAUGGAAGAUUGUUUGUCAGCCAUAACGGACUAUCAGCGCUAGUUGAAACAGAAUGGAUGCGUUUAAACGUGCCAUGUGUUCUGCGAGUAUUUUGGGUAGUGCGAGUCGCAGAACAUGCAAUAUUAUUACUAAUGGACAAUUACGAUGAAGACACUGAUGAAAUCUUGAAGGUUUCAACCUUGUUAGCUGUACAGUCGUUGGCGUCGAUGGCUAAAUCUUUAUUAGUAACGGGCUGUGAAACCAUAACCGCAGUGCUCGGCAUGACAUCUGUCAUAUCGUUCUUUUGUCAUUACAUCGGGAAUUUUUUCCAAUGGAUACUGUUGACGGACGAAGAGGAGGACAAAAGUAUUGGGACGGUCUCCGCGAUACUAUUCUAUAUACUAGCGUUGCAAACAGGCUUAACGUCUCUCAAUCCAGAGAAAAGAUUCAUCCGAUUGUGUAGGAAUUUUUGUUUGUUGUUCACAGCUCUAUUGCAUUUCUUGCACAACAUCGUUAAUCCAAUGUUGAUGUCUUUAAGCGCGUCGCACAAUCCAAGCACUCAUAGACACGUCCGUGCACUCGGCGUUUGUGCCUUUCUCAUCAUAUUCCCAAUCUCUCUACUCGUCUACUUAUGGUCGCAACACUCUAUAUCGACCUGGCUCUUGGCGGUUAGCGCCUUUAGUAUAGAAGUCAUAGUCAAAGUGAUAGUCAGUCUUAUGAUUUACUCCCUCUUCCUAUUCGACGCAUAUAGAAGCACGUUUUGGGAACAGUUGGACGAUUACGUCUAUUACAUACGAGCUUUUGGAAAUACGAUAGAGUUUUGUUUUGGAAUAUUUUUGUUUUUCAACGGCGCCUGGAUUUUGUUAUUCGAAUCUGGUGGCGCUAUAAGAGCAGUCAUGAUGUGUAUACACGCGUAUUUUAAUAUCUGGUGUGAAGCCAGAGCUGGGUGGUCAGUGUUUAUGAAACGGCGUACGGCCGUUAAUAAAAUUAAUUCGUUAAGAGAGGCGUCCGCAGAGCAACUGCAUCGUUUGGACGAUGUUUGUGCAAUAUGCUACCAAGAGAUGCAUUCAGCUAAGAUAACACGCUGCAACCACUUCUUUCACGGCGUGUGUUUGAGAAAGUGGUUGUACGUGCAGGACCGAUGUCCUUUAUGUCACGACAUAUUAUAUAAAAUAGACAAUGAUCCUAAUAAGGAUAGCUCAGAGGCUGCCAAUGAGGAAAACAGUAACAACCAAAACUUACUCCUCGAAGAGGAGCCAGAUAUGCUCCUCAACGACGGAGUAAGG